AGCUUAUGAUGAACACUACCGUCUGAAAAGGAAACCAUGCUAAACUCUUCAGAAAAAUGCUAUCUUUUCCAUUGAUCAUGAAAUAUAAUCCAUUUUCACACCAGUGUCUCGUUACAUCAAACCAGAAUCGCUCUACUAUAAAUGUCAUGGUGCAACUUGUAAUCGAAAAUAGUUAUACUUGUGGCAUACAUUUUGUUUUGCUUUGUCAGCUUGAUGGGGAUUUUCAUGCUGUACUUGUGUGAGAAUGGACAGUUGAGUAGAGAUGCAUGCUCCUUGCUUAACUAGGUUAUCCACUCUAAAGGCCUAAUCACAUUCAACAUUAAAGAACCCUUAAAAUAAAACAGUGCCCUGAAAUUAGGCCCUUUAUCUGCACUUUAUUGAAUAUAGAACGAGCAACGAGAGGAAAGGAAAGCACAUGCUUGUUAAACCAAGAGCUAUAAUCAGAGGUUCUUCCCAAAUGGCACCCUAUUCCCUAUAUUGUGCACUACUUCUGACAGGGCUCUGACAGGGCUCAGGGCUCUGGUCAAAAGUCAUGAACUAUAAAGGGAAUAUGGUGCUGUUUGGGACACAUCAGAACAGGCAUCAAUACAGUGUUCCAAAGCAUCCCAUUAGAAUAUAAUAUUAUAUUGUGUGUGUGUGUGUGUGUGUGUGUGUUAAUCAAGUUUAAACUAUGGACCAUGUUUGUUUGUUUCUCAUGGACUCCUUUACCUCCGCAGUUCCAACUGAUUCCUUUUGAUCAAGCCGUUCUGAAUAACUAAUAGUGAGGUGAAGACACAUUUACCACCUCAACGGAAAACCUGCACCUGAAAUGGCAAACUAUUCUGUAUUUCGUGCAAUCCUUUUCACCAGGACCCAUUGUGCUCCAUAGGGGAUCGUGUGCUAUUUAGGACACGCACCAGAUUUCUUUCUCUGGCUAUGCUGUAGUGAACGCUGGCCCUGCCAUGUGGGUAUGAAUACUGCAUGGCAGUAUGGCAGGGCUUUCCAAGAUGCCCGCCUGCCUGCCCCACUGCCGGGUCAAAGAGGGGUGCAGGGGGAGUCUUCUUCCAUUCGCUAUCUGAUUCAACAUUAAUCCAGAUGGAGACACAGGAAGCUGAUGAAUGAUUGGAGAGGUUUAGCUCUUUUAGUAUGCAUCCGUAAUGGCAACCUAUUCCUUUUAUAGUGCCCUACUUUUUUUUUUACCAGGGCCUGUAGGGAUCUGGUUAAAUAUAGGGAACUAUAAAGAGAAUCAGCUGCCAUUUGGGACACAAAUGUAGACUGCUAAUGACUAUCUGAGGGAUGGAUGUGUUCAAGUUUCUUUGCCAAGUUUAAUGGACGCAUUGAAAAUCUUAUUUUAAUGCUCACAUAACAACCGUACGAAAUAUAGGCUAUAAAUAUACCAGUGCAACAACCAGCAAUGAAAUCAGUAAUAAAACAAACUAGCGAAAGAAUAAAUCUGAUAUAAAUCAAACAAUGCAUUGACUGGAGGGCUUUCUCACUGAGAUGGUGUUCAAUAAACAAUACUUUAUCUUUUUGACAUAUACGCCUCUCAGAAGACAUCUUCUGUGUUUACGCAAUACAAACAUUGACAUUUUUGCUUUGGGGAGAGCAGAGACGAGCACAGGAACACACUGUUUUAGACAGUUUGUGCCCAAAACAGUCACGUAGUUACUCCUAGCGAAAACAUUUGCAUUUGAUUUAUACAAGAGGGCUAUAAUGGCAACAGGAGUGCCUAUCAUCACCAGUAUCAGGUGUGCUACCGUGUAGGCUGCUGAGGGGAGGAUGGCUCAUACAGUAAUAAUGCCUGCAAUGGAGAGAAUGGAAUCGCAUCAAAUCAUGUGUUUGAUGUAUUUGAUACCAUUCCAUCUAUUCCGCUCCAGCCAUUACCACAAGCCCGUCCUCCCAAAUGAAGGUGCCACCUACUUGUGUGUGUGCACAGUUCCAGAGAUGGAUAGUUAACACAUAUAGAGUGAUACAGCCCAGUUGGCGCAGUGUCACUCACACAGUCAUUAGAAUGUGCAGGAGGGAUGCUCUACAUCUAGCACUUCAAACAGCUUAGAGCUUUCACUGGUGGUGAGGUGAAAAGAGAGAGGGAGGUAUAGCUUUACCAUACACUACUGAAUGGAUGUUGAAGCUCUCUAUUGUGGUGUUUGUGGAAAAAAAAGAGUCUUAGGAGAGUGGGGAAGGCGGUGGGAGGAAAAGAGAGAGAGAAAAUAGAGAGAAAACAGAGGGAAAAAAUAGACAGAAGGAACUUGUAUUGGUCCAUUUCAUUUGGUUGUCUUAUUAAAAUACCUGCACCAGUUCCUCUCCUCUCUCUCUCUCUCUGAUCCCUCUGGCUCGGAGCGUCAAGCCAACUGUAACUGUGGCUUACUUCCUGGUUUCUGUUGUGUGUUGCGGUAAUUAGAGUUGUGGGUGUGAAAUUGAUGCGUGGCGGUGGCAGGCGCUGGCAGGCAUCGUGGUCAUGUCAAAUCCCUGGAACGCUCCAAUGUGCAGACAGCAGGAGAAUGUUAUGACAGAGAGACAGAGAUGGGCUCUGGCAAAGGACAGCCUAAAGGGGGGGAAAGAAAAGAUGAAAAGAGAGAAGGAGAAUCCUCUGUGCAGCGCUUGGGAGGGUUCCGAACCAGAUAAUGGACCCAGCGAUGAGAAUGAAUUUCACGGACGCCAGAGGGUUAGAAGAGAGUUAAACCUGAACUGCAGAUGUUUGGAUGUGAGGAAUAUCGUAGUGUCGUCCCAUUUGAUAACUGGGCCACGGUCCUAUGCAGUAGAAGAAGUGGGGGAUGGGAUGGAGAUAGAGGAGAAGAUCACUGCCAAUCUCGUUCCUCUCCCAGUGAAAUCUCCUAGACAGCUCAAGAAUAACCCCUGCUGGGAGAGAUUUAACACGUCCAAUUCCAACUGUGCUCAGACGCAUUCCCAAACGGGCGUCGACGAUCCUCCACCUCAGAAGAAUAGAAAAGUUGCUCAAAGCAAAAAAUAUUCCUCACCGCAAUCUGAACAAACAAACACCAAACAACAGAGACUGAAGCAGCGACUGCUGCCACUGACCAGGUCCCAUUGGGGCCCAGCCUCAUGUGUAGAGCAGUCUGCAGAGGAACUAGCAGUGCCAUGGCGGUGUAGGGCGAUGGUGGCACAGAACCCUGAACCAUCUCGGCUCCCUUCCAGAAUCCUGCCAAACCUCCAAAACACAAUUAGAGCAUCUGGCUGUGAGAUACUGGAGCUGUGCCGACGUAUGUCCUCUAGGAUGAACUAUGUGAACCAUGUGAGCCCGACCACAUCUGGAACUGGAACUAGACCGGUGGGUUGGGGGUUGCUUGGGAAGCCCGUCGGGGACAGCGGAGCACAGGUGCGGGUCAGUCAACCAGAACACCACUCCUGGAAAGUGAGAAAGUUCUCUGGGGCAUCAGUUGACAGCCACAGUCUCACCAGCCUUCUGCAUAAUAGUGAUUGUGGUUCUGGUGUAUCCAGGGGCAGCCAGAUCCAGACACAUCUUCCAGAUACUGGGCUCUCUGGCUGUGCUAAAGACAGCAAAGGAGACAGCCAACAGCAUGGACGGAAGGUCAGCGGAUCCAGGAGGGAACAGAGAGGUGGAGGUGGGGUUGGAAAAGGGAGACAGAUGCCCAGAGAAGAAUCCUUGCGGUGGGGUGAAGGAUCAACAUGGCCUUGGGACUCUGAGAGUCAGUCAAGGAACCAGCGGCAGAACGAAUCCCCAACAGACUGUGAUGUCACCCUACUGCACAUUGUGCAUCUUUUACAGUGUAGGUCAGUCAAUCUGUCUCAUGUCAGGGAAGAAGGACAAUUUGGAGAUGAUUUUCAACAUAUCCUUCAACACAGGCAAACUUGACUCAAGCAACAUAGCAAGAUAUUUAGUAUUCAGAGUAGGUUAGUGAAUGGACAGGAGGAGUGAGCAAUCUUGAUAUAAUUAUUUUUUAUUCCAAGACUGUAAAUUGAAUUUUGUCUACAGUGUAAAAGGUCAUGAUAAAAAGACAAAGGAAUGAAAUAGAAGUUUGGUAAAACAACUGGGUGACCAGAAUAUCAACAACAUCCAUACAAAAUGAUUCACUAUGCUAAAUAAUGACAAUGUAACAGUCUGACUUCAAACCAGGGAAGAACAAGAAGAAAAACCUGUCAUUUAAAAAAAAGAUCAGUAGCUAGGUUGCAUGAAAGUCUUGUCUAUGGACCAAAAGUUUAACAAAAAGGUAUGAAUGUGUAGAUUAGAAAAAAGGUAUGAAUGUGUAGUUUAACAAAAAGGUAUGAAUGUGUAGUUUAGCAAAAAGGUAUGAAUGUGUAGAUUAGAAAAAAGGUAUGAAUGUGUAGUUUAACAAAAAGGUAUGAAUGUGUAGUUUAACAAAAAGGUAUGAAUGUGUAGUUUAACAAAACGGUAUGAAUAUGUAGUUUAACCAAAUGUAUG